UGCAUUUUCAAGACUUGGUUUUGGUUUGUGUGACGUUUUGCAAUACCUUCAUGUUUCUCGGCUGCUGCAGUCAUGCUGGCAGGUUAUAUUGGGCCGAAUGCAGCUGGUAGAAAAUGAGACUCACAUGACGAGCCGCAGAGCAGAUGUAACAGGAAACAAGACUUCUCCUUUAACAGAGAGUCCGUUCCCCGGGUGUCAUUUGCUCCUGGGACGUUAGUAACUCACUCAUUGAUCCUGUCAAGGAUGCCUGUCUGGUUGAGUGCAGUUUUGCUCCUGGCAGCUGUGAUCCUCUGCUGCUCUUCAUCAGCCACAAACAGAUUGUGGGACGACUGGAGAGCUCAGCAUGGCAAAGCUUAUGACAAUCAAACCGAGCUGGACUUCAGGAGAACAGUGUGGGAGAAAAACCUGCUGUUGAUGCUGAGACACAACCAGGAGGCUUCAGCAGGAAAACACAGCUUUACUCUGGGACUGAAUCAUCUCGCUGACAUGACGGCCGAAGAAGUUAAUGAGAGGCUGAACGGUUGGAAGGUGGAGGAGCUUCUCGAUCUCAGGAAUGACACGUUCAGAGACACAAAUGACUCAUCACUUCCUGCAAGCGUCGACUGGAGGUCAAGCGGACUGGUCGGUCCCGUCAGAAACCAGGGUUUGUGCGGUUCAUGCUGGGCCUUCAGCGCUCUGGGAGCUCUAGAGGGGCAGAUGAUGAAGCGAACAGGCGUCCUCGUGAUGCUGAGUCCACAGAACCUGGUGGACUGCAGCGCUAAGGAGGGAAACCUCGGCUGCAGGGGAGGAUACAUCACCAAGGCCUUCAGCUACAUCAUUCACAACGGAGGCGUCGACUCAGAGAGCUCAUACCCCUACGAACACAAGAAUGGAAAAUGCCGCUACUCGCUCCAAGGCAAGGCGGCUCACUGCUCCAACUUUCACGUCCUUCCACCGGGGAACGAGUUGGCUCUGCAGGCUGCAGUGGCAUCAGUGGGACCAGUUGCCGUGGCUGUGAACGCCAUGCUGCCCUCGUUCCAUAUGUACAAAGGAGGUUUAUACAACGCACCUGACUGUAACCCACAGCUAAUCAAUCACGCUGUGUUGGUUGUGGGCUACGGCACAGACGGAGGACAGGACUACUGGCUAGUAAAAAACAGUUGGGGAACGACUUGGGGAGAAGGUGGAUUUAUCCGGAUUGCGAGGAACAAGAAAAAUCUCUGUGGAAUCGCAACGUUAGGAGUCUACCCAACGCUGUGAAGUCAACUGAGAUUUAUUCUGUUUUAAUUUUAUGUUGCUGGUUUUUGAAAGAAGCACACUGUGCUGUCAGAGCACUACAGAAUCUACUAACCACACACUGCUGGUUCAAAAGGUUCUAUAGGCCAAUAUAAUAUAUUUUUAAAGGAUUCAGUGCUGCAGGUGGGAGCACUGGGUUCAAAUCCUGCUCUGAGGUCUUUUUGCAGGUGGUUUGCAUGUUUAUCCUCUGCAUGAGUCAGUUUUCUUCAUGUAUUCCAGGUUCCUCCCACA